CCGGCAUGCAGGGCCCCGCCGCCGCCAUGUCCGGCUCUUUUGAGCUCUCGGUGCAAGAUCUCAACGACCUGCUCUCGGACGGCAGCGGCUGCUAUAGCCUCCCGAGCCAGCCCUGCAACGAGGUCAUCCCGAGGGUCUACGUGGGCAACGCGUCUGUGGCUCAGGACAUCACCCAGCUGCAGAAAUUGGGCAUCACCCACGUCCUGAAUGCUGCUGAGGGCAGGUCCUUCAUGCAUGUCAACACCAGUGCUAGCUUCUACAAGGAUACGGGCAUCACCUACAUGGGCAUCAAGGCCAAUGACACGCAGGAGUUCAACCUCAGUGCUUACUUUGAAAGGGCUGCAGACUUCAUUGACCAGGCCCUGGCCCAUAAAAAUGGCCGGGUGCUUGUCCAUUGCCGUGAGGGCUACAGUCGCUCUCCAACGCUAGUCAUCGCCUACCUCAUGUUGCGACAGAAGAUGGAUGUCAGGUCUGCUCUGAGCACUGUGAGGCAGAAUCGUGAGAUCGGCCCCAACGAUGGUUUCCUGGCCCAACUCUGCCAGCUCAAUGACAGACUAGCCGAGGAGGGCAAGGUGAAACUCUAGGUUGCCCAUAGCCUCUUUUGCAGAGGUCUGACUGGGAGGGCCCUGGCUGCCCUACUUAGGAAACACAGUGUACCCUGUUCCCUGCACCACCAGGCACUCGCCCAUGUCUGUCCCACUGUGGUCCCGGGGCCACUCCACCCUUAGGGAGCAAAUGAAGAAGCUUGCUGGGGAAGCCAUUUUGCUCCUUGGCUGCCCUUUCCUGUAAUUUAUGUCCCCCUGAGGUGGGACUCAGGGAGGAAACCUGUGGCAUGGAUGCAUCUCAGUGACCCAGGGCAGGAGGCCUAUGAGGGUGCAAGACCUGAGACACAGGCACCCCCUUCAUAACCCCCUCCCCAACCUGGGUUCUUCCUGAGCGGUCCAGAACCGUGGACCAAAGGAACUAUGCAAACAGGGGCCCUGAUCUCCCCACAUCCAUCGCUGGUCCUCCCAGCCCGACACACCCUGCUUAGACAGACGCAUGGCAUAAGUUCUGAAGCAGAGUGGAGGUAGAUUAGUGACUGGAUUUCCAAAAAAGAAAAAAAAGGCUUUUGCAUUUUAUUUCCUUAGACUUAAAGACACUACGUAGGGGCCUGUGGGUGAGCAAAGCUGUUUUUCUCAGAGGGCUCUCUUGAUUCUUUGGGAUGUUUAAAGUGUGCCUCGCUGGAGAGCUUUCGCUCUGUAUCUGCUGCUUCAGAGCCUUCCCUAUGGAUGGCUCUGUUCCUUCGCUUGUUAGAAGAGCGAUGAUGCCUUGGGCAGGGUUUUCUCUCUUUUAGAAUACAGGGUGUGAGGUCCAGCCUAUGAAAAACAAGCAAACAAAACAAACAAACAAAAGCCCUCUGUUUGGAGAAUUGCAAGGGUUUUAUCCUGAACCAUAGUCUUGCUGAGCUCAAGUCAUCACGCCAAGGGCUUGCCAUCCUGGUUGCUAUUCUAAGAAUAGUUAGAAGGAAGUUGGCCAAUUCCAGCUCGUGUUUGUGGGUGUAUGCACGGGUGCGUAUGUUGAGGGGGUGCCUGUCGCCUUGGGGACAGAAGGAACACGAAAGGCCCCUGUGUUCACCCUGUCCAUUUACGGGGUGGCUCUGAUGGUUCCACGGUGUCUGUGCAGGAUCCCUGGAACUGACUCGCUGGACAGAAAUGAGACUUGAAGGCAUCACCAAAAUGGAUCCCUUUUAUUGGAGAGAGACAGAGAGAGAGAGAGAGAGAGCGAAGAAAGAACUGCCUUUUAAAGAACUUUCUAAGGACGGUUUUGAAACACGCUGGACCUCGUGUGUGUGCACAUUCACCAGAAAUUGAACACAAUCUUCUUGGGACUUUAUGUUCUUGUUAUUCGUAUGUCCCCAGGGUCACGCAGAGCAGAGAGGUGGCAGUCAGCCACCACCCCAGCACCUGGCACAUAAGCACUCAUAAAAGCCUGUCUUAUGCUAUCCGGAGCUGUUUGAGGACCCCGUGUAUAGAGAGUUGCCGUUGUGGGACACACGGAUUCCAGCAUCCUGGUUGCCUGCCUGUAAGGUGUCUGACAGGAGUUUGCAGAGAAAUCUUCCUUGGAGGGAAAGAAAUAUCAGGGAUUUUCGUUGAAUGUUUCAAACUCAGCUUUAAGUGUAGGACUCGGCAGUGUUAAUGGUUAGGAUAAGGAGUGUGCCUUUCUCACAGCUGCUGAGGGGACAUCUGGCAAGAGCCAAGAGAAGCAGACCUGUCUUAGGGUGUCACUCCCAGGGUGAAGACCUCCGAUCCCAGCAGGAGCAGAGCUGUGCAGCCUGGAUGGUCAUUGUCCCCUAUUCUGUGUGACCACAGCAGGCUUGGACACAUGGGGCUGGUCAUCUCCCCCCCCCCCCGAGUGGAAUGGCCGUAGCCUCAGUCUGUAGGUGUUCAAGUGACUUUCUUGCUUAAGACACAACUUGCAUCUCAAAAUAGCCCUGUAAAGUUGACAGAACCAAUUCGUGUGUUAUGAGAGGGGAAAAAAAACCCAAAAACCCGCAAAGCAAAAACAUCUGGGCUAGCCCGGUGUGGUUGCACGUCUGCAGGCCUAGUUCACAGGAGGCAGAGACAGGAAGAUCACUGGAGGAUUAAGGAUAGCCUGGUCUGCAUACUGAGACUCCAGCCAGGGCUACGAUCCCCAGAUCCUGAGUUUUGGUUUUUGGUUUUUGAUUUUUGGUUUUCGAGACAGGGUCUCUCUGUGUAGCCCUGGAUGUCCUGGAACUCACUCUGUAGACCAGGCUGACCUCAAACUUAGAUAUCUGCCUGCCUCUGUGUCUGAGGGGCUGGGACUAAAGACUUAUGCUACCACUGCCCAACUAAGUUCCUGUCUUCUAAAAAACAAAAAAUUCAAGGUAAUUAAGAGUUGCCAGUUCUUUAAAGCUAAGUGGUGGUAGUUUCAGACCUGCUGCUUGAGGAAGCUGGGGUGUUCUUGACUUGGCCCCGAAAUCAGCCCCAACAAUGUCCAAGUACCCUGCACAUGACUUUGAGCCAUCUCCAGAGAAGGAAGUGAAAAUUGCAGCUUCCCAGUUGGUUAGGACACAGCCUCACUUUAUCCAGGCAUCACAUGGUGACACGUGGCCUUGAACUCUCCGCUCUGAGGCUGGGCUCCCCUCCCCCUGCCUCAUCUGAGUGAUCACCCCAUAGGACAGCCACAGGACAGUCACCAACAUCUCCCUGAGGCCUCUUUGUGGGAACAUUAAGGAAAGGGCCUUUGGGAGGUUCCUGGCUUUCCUUUGGGGCUAUUCACUGAAAGUUCUGCAUUUCUUGGUUGGCUUUACCUCUUGUUUAUAAGAUUAGCUACAAGUCUUCAGGUCAAAUGCUCACGUUGUGGAAAAGCCAACCGCAUGCCUGCCCGUGAGUAGGGGAUGGUGGUGGGGAAUCCUGAAUAGUGUUCUAUCCCUGGAAAGAGAUAGAAUAGGAAUUCAGGGUGUCCCUCCUCCUUCCUCAGACCCAGUCACUUUCUGUGACUCAUAAAAAUCCAGGUAAAAAUUAACAAUGUAAAAAUGGUUUCUCUUCUCAAUUUUAAAGUCUGUCUGCGUUUUCCAGGGGGUAGGUCUGUCUCCUUGCUGUUCUAUUAUCUUGAGAGCACAGACUAACACUUACCAAAUGAGCGAGCCCUUUUGGCCCACCCUAAGGAUCUUCUGGGCUCCAGCACUCUUAAGUUGUUUUAAGAAUCCUGGCUUGACCUUUAGCACCCCCAGGGAAAUGGGCGUGAAUGAUGACGCCACGGCCAGCAGGGGGCACUGUUGAGAAGGUUGGUGCCUUCCAGCCAUAGGUUCACGGUAAGUUGCUCACAGUAUUUAAAAUGCUAAAUGUUUAAAUCAAAAUAAGCACUGAUCUUAAAUAUGAAGAUAAGGGAUUUUUCUCACAGGAAAUUUUCUCUCUCAUAAUUCUUUUAACAGACUCUAUCCUGAUCGUAGAGUAGAGAGAAGAAUGGUUGGAUAUUUCACUUGCGUUCCUCUUUCCUCUGCCAGCUGUUAGGGUGACUUGUAAAAUGCGAUUUAGUGGACAGAAAAGUUCAGGGGGAAAGGGAUGGUGGAGUGAGGCAGAGCACUGUCACCUGCCUAAUAUGGGAGGACCUGAGUUCAAUUCCUGCCAUUGGGGAGGAAGAGGAAAGUUUAAUGUCUAUUACAUCACCGCCAGUGUUAGCGCACUAUCAAACUGUAACCAAAAUAAAUGUCUUACCUUACAAAGAA